CUACCACCAAAUCUGCGCUUGAUAGUUGAACUGUGUUUUUAUUACAUUCAUUACCAUAAGGCAAUAUGCACGCUACGCUGUGUGUCGCCUCGAUCCACUGACCGUCACUAAGUGGCGCCAAUACUGCAAAUGCAUCCAUUUUUAUUGGCAGACUUGGUCUUGCAUCAUCGGAGUGAAAAAACAGGGGGAUACGUUGUAACCUCCAGAUGGGGAGGAAUUAUCGUCAUAGGACACUCAUCUCGUAAUAUUUUGUCUUCGAACGUACCAUUUUGUAUUUUCAUAAUACCUUUUUCAAGACCAUGUGUAUGGUCUGCACAAUAAACGGGGAAAGUAAACACAGGAUAUCAACGUCGUAUAAUAACACACGCCAGAAAUUUCCAGCGCGAUCGAGCGAUCUAAGUGCGCAUGCGCAAGGCAGAUAAAAUCAACUUUUCGCAAUGGCGGGCAUCCGUGAUGAAACGAGGAAGCUCUUCCCCGUCGACAAUGUUAGGGCUAUCUUAAAGAUAUUUCGCUCAGAAUUGGAAGGAGAUCAUGAACCCAAUCUGACGGUUCUUUCGGUUGUUGUAGGAAUGGUGGAGAACAUUUUAACGAGCAAUCGUGCUUCGUCCCAGGGUCAAGCUGCUGAUGAGAACCGCAUGUGCAUUGAACCCAUCUUUCCAGUCAUUGAGCUACCGAACGUGGAGGCGUUGUGCGCCAAAUUCGAGGCUCAAGUGAAAGGGUCUGUCGACUUGAGCGACUACAAGUCAGAAUUUGCAACCAGAGAAAUGGUUAAAAAGGUGUCUGAUAUUAUCUGGAGUUCACUCUCACGAGCAUACUACAAAGACAAGGCUCACUUGCAAUCUCUUUUCAGUUAUCUGACUGGAAACCAACUGGAUUGUUUUGGUGUUGCGUUAGCUGUGGUUGCAGCCUGUCAGAUCCUGAACUUCAAGGAUGUACACCUAGCCCUGUCUGAAGACCAUGCCUGGGUUGUGUUUGGAGAGAAUGGAGAGGGGACUGCUGAGGUCACCUGGCAUGGAAAAGGGAAUGAGGACAAGAGGGGGCAGCCUGUCAGUAUGGGAAUCACAGAGAAGAGUUGGUUGUAUCUGAAUGGUUUCCCUGUAGUGUGCACAAGACACAUGGAGAUAGCAGCCUUGGUGUCAGCUAUCAACCCUACUAUCAGUUCAUCGUUAGACAGCAUAGAACUUGCUUCUUUACAACAGGAGCUACUAUGGUCACUCUAUGACAUGGGCCAUCUGAAAAAGUAUCCUCUUGCUCUGAGCAACCUUGGUGACCUUGAAAGCAUUGACCCCACACCAGAUCGACCUACAACCCUUGAACUGUUUGAGGAGGCUAUUCAGGCGGGCAAGGAGUUCUAUUCUGACCACCAUGUCUAUCCCUACACUUAUCUGGGUGGUCAUCUCUACCGGCAGAAGCAGUACAAGAGGGCAAUGCAGUACUGGGCAGAGGGAGCUAAAGUGCUCAGUCAAUACAACUACCAACGGGAAGAUGAAGAAGUUUACAAGGAAUUUCUGGAAGUGGCCAAUGAAUUAAUCCCUACCAUCCUGAAGCAAGCCACUGUGUACCAUUCCAGAGAUGCCAGGCACAUCCCUAAAGACCCUGAGUGCUACGGAUUCUACCUGCGUCUCUACGACAACAUCUGUAAGUGGGAGGAAGGCAGUUCCACCCCCGUCUUGCAUAUCACAUGGGCGAAGCACUUUGUAGCCUCGGUCACCAAGUUUGACAGCAGCAUACGGGACAGGUUGGAUGUUAGAUUGAUCGAUGCUGAGGGGAAGGAAGAAGUGGAAGAGAAAGAGGAAGAUAAUGAAGAAGAAAUGAAAGAUGAGGAAGAAGAGGAAGAGGAAAGUGAAUCCAAAAAAGCAGUCAAAGACAAGGAAGAGGAUAUCAACAAGAAUGUGGUCUCUGCACCUGAUGAAGCUGACGGUUGCGGGAAAAAAGGCAAGGCAGAGAAUGAGGGUGAACGCAGUGAGGAUAACAUUAAUCCAGAACUCUUCUCAGAUCCUUUUGCUGGGACAGGGUUACUUUGGGACACCAAGACCGAAUUCAGUGAUUUCCUUAGCACUCGUUCCAACGGCAGCGCUUUCCCAGGCAUGACACUCGAGUCUCUCAUGAAAGCAGAGAGUCCUGCAGAAAUGGCAUUCCAAAGGCGUCUAAAGUCACAGCUGUCGCAAGAUGAUAAUGACAAUGCACAAGGACAGAGUGAUAGUAAACAGAAUGAGGAGGGUGACGAUGAGGAUGAUGAAACCAAAGACGAACUGGAGGACAGCAUCAACUUGCCUCCACAACCCGUACCUAAGAUCCUCUUGAGGAGUGCCAAAAUGAAAGGGCUGCGAGGUAUCCUCACCUCAACGAGCAAACUGAACACUGCAGCCAUCCACCUUCAGCUGACUGCCCAGUCACAAGUGCAAGUUGGCAAGAGAAUUCGAUCCACCAAUGAUUAUGAAGACUAUGGCACCUUGAGACGUAGACCACGCAGGGAAUGAGAAAGGGAAUCCUACGAAGGAUUAUCGCCAGUAAUGUAGGAAAAUCCUUUACAUGGGAUUAUGGUAACUAAACUUGGUUGAAUGUAUAAUGUAAUGUCAACAAAAGAGAUUUGUUUAUUUUGAAAGAGGAAAAAACAGUGAUGAGACAGUGCCAUGAAUAAAGAAAUAUUCCUGUAUAUUGUUGUUAAAGAAGGCAAGCAUUAAGCCUUUUGAAUGAAAUAUAAGCUUUAGAAUAUUUCCAAAUUAUUAGUGAGUCUGCUCACAUUGCAUUUCUCAAGCAGUAGACAUUUUGUCUAAUGCUAGAUUGUCUUGAAAUUAAUCCGAAAGGUCACAAUGUUCUUGUGAAUUGCUUUCAUGAGUUAUAGACAUAUUGAUCAAAUUCAAUAUAUUAUCUGUUCAUCUAAUGUUAUAUAAUGAAGAAGAUUUGUCUUGGUAGCCAGAGGGAGGGGUAAAAGUAAAUAUUAUCUGUGUGCAUUGGGUGUACUUGACAUGUACAAUUACCAGUAGGCAAGCCAAAGUUAUCAUUUCCAUUUUAACAUUAUUAAAGGAAAAUUAUGCCCCCAUCGGCAGAGACAAUCCUCAAUUAGAUUAUUAUAGAAAUACAUUCAGUGAAAACAAGGAUUGUUCCUAGUGCAUCUUCUGUAUAAAAAGUGCACUUUUCUGAACUUCCAUGCUUACUCUGCAAUAUAUAUGUAUUUUAUGUGCAUUUAGUAGAAAUUUUCUUUUAUAUGUUAAGAAAAAAGACUACACAGGUACGGAGUGCAAUCGUGCCCAUCUUUUUUAUGUUUCUUAAACAAGUCCUGUGUGGUCAGAUUUUUAUAUUUAUAUGGAAUGACUUAUUUAUGUCCUGUAAAGUUUAUUUCAAGUUGUUUGCUUAAUAGUAUGUACUUUUCCUUCUUACGAGGUCAUAAUUGAUAUUGAUCCAGUUGUACAUAUAUAUACGUGUAGCCAAAUGUAUUGCUGAUGAAAACGCUUCGUCAGUGUAAAUUUGAGAUUAUCUUGUCAGAUUAUUCUGUGAUUUCAAAAACAUAGGACAUAUUUCCAUCUCUUUGGAAGUUAAGAGGUAUAAGUAUGUUAAACAUAAUUCCAUAGUCAUUAACUGUAUGUCUGAGAACAGCAUUCUCCUUUGUAUCUCUCUACUUGACCAAAUUGAAAACUAUACGCAUGCUGUGGAUGAUUUCUUCACUUAUUACCAUUUUAUAUUUUAUUUAUUUAUUCAUUAUUAGUGUUUUUUGUUAUCUUUUAUAUCACUUCUUGUCCAUUCUUGGAUGAUGUAUCAAUAAAAAAAAAACAGCAGCAGUUUUUAUUCAAAUUGUUACCAAAGAUUUAUCACAACAUUCUUCAUGUUGUUGCUAAUGUAUUAUGCACUUGCCAAAUGUUUGGAGAUUAUUUGGUCCUCUUUAACAUAUUGAUGUAUAAAUUAAUGUACAGCGUAAUUGAAUUGAUAUCUGUAUAUAAUACAAUGUCUGUAGAUUCAGUGAGCAUAUGCUCCGUCAUUUUAUUGUUUGAUGCUUGUAUAGUUAAUUAUGUCUUUCUUGUCGGAAGAAAAGCUCAAUGUAAAUUACGAGAAAAAGGCCAUGGUGAAAGUUAUUACUGAACAAAAUGUUUUUAAGUAAAAGGUGGUAUUUCAAAAAUACAAAUAGGGGUGAAAAUAUGAUUGAAAUUUGAAGAAAAAAAGGUUGAAUAUUUUUGAUGGUGCAUAUAUUCUUGUAUGUAAUAUGAAUAUACAUGUAAAAUAUGCACGAGCAAAUAUAAGAACCGGUAAUCUGUUUCUGUGUUGUCAUUUGAAAUGCCUUUUAUGUGGGUGUCAUUUUAAAGUUGCAAUGAUGUUGAUUAAAGUUAAUGUCAGUGUCUUUAACAAAAUUAUAACAUGGAAUUCUAGUAAUGUUAUCUCUAUUUUUAUUGAAAUGAUACAAAUUAUUAAUGCAACCUUUUAGAAGAAAUCAAAAGGGCAAAUGUUUUGGGGCACCCUACAGUGAAAUCAGUCAGAUAAUGUUACGUUUGGAUAAAUUCAGAUCUGGCGAUACCUUACAUUUUAGGGAAUAAAAUCAGAUAAUUCCAAUCAUGAGAUUUUGGUUUUUCCAGUACUCGAGAUUACCUUUAAUAUUUGGUGCCAUCUUUAAAAGAUAUUAUUGAUCGUAAAAUGAAUUGCUCCUGUUUUGUGAAUGGGAUUUUUUGUAAAUAUGUAGAUUUAUGCAUGUGAAAUGAGUGAGAAAAUCCACCGUUCUGCCUAAUCAUGUUGUAUCAUAAGGUAGGUUUUAAAAUGAGAAGUACUGAAUGUUUGUUUUCUUUCAAAUUUUUAUUAAAAAAUGAACCACAUUUGUGUCCUUAAGAUGAAAGAGCGCCACCAAGUGGUCAUUGCUUGUCAGGUGUUUUAAGUGAAUGCAAUGAAAAGACAAGGAAGUAUAGUUUAUUUUUGAAAGAGAAGUAUGUUAUAUCUUUAUUUUUUAUGAGACAAUCCCUAAUUGUGUCAGUCUUAUUUUCUUGUGAAAUUGUGGUAACUUGUCAAUAGAUUUUGUUCUUUAUUUGAUGUAAGAUAAUGCUUUGUUUAGAAAUUGAAAAGAUGUAAAAGAAUUAUAUAUAUUUGUUAUGAAAUAUGUAACUCACCAUUCCAAAAAUAUACUGCACUGUAUGCACCAACUGUUGAUUCAUGUUAAGAUAUUAAAGUGUAUUCAUUUGAAGGAAAUUUUGAGCAAUUUUAUCCAAACAACUCCAUAUAUUUGACAUAAUAUUUCACAUCAAGUUCAAUUUAGUUAAGAUGAUAUAUAUUACAAUGUAACAUUUACAGUAUUUUCUUCAGUACUGUGAUUCUUAUGAAUGUAUUUAUGAUUAUGUAAAUCAUCCUCUAAUUGUUAUUUUAUUACUAUUAUUUUGAAUGAACAGACAUAUGAAUGUAUUCGUCACACCCUCCAUUGAUCUAAAGAAGAAUAAAUUAGGUAAUGAAGAAGAAAAGCUGCUACUUGGAGAGCUAUAAGGGCUAUUUCAGUAGUAGGGAAAGGG